AUGGCAGCUGUCAGACUAGGGUCCCAGCACAAGUUUGUGCAAAGUGGGCUGUCUGUCGACUUGCCCCUGCCUAUUGUGUUAUUGUGGAUACGGCACCCAGAACGAGCGUAUUGGCAACCCAGCCAAGGCAAGCUUCAAUGGGGGAAGGAGCUCUUUCUGUCACUUGCUGUCCUCGAGUCGGGUGAAGGACCAGACCAGCCGUGGGAAAGCUCCACAGAAGCAGGGCCGCAAACUUCUGUGGGCACCGUUGUCUGUGCGCCUGCAGGCGCUGCGCUGAUGCGUACAGCGCAUGUCGCCUUAUACUUUGGGGAGCUUUCACAAUUCGUUUCCUGUUGGUUCUCAAUAUCCAGCUCGGACGAUUGCAUCGACACAGGAGACUGGGUCGCGCGCCAGAUAAUAGGGGUGUGGUUCUGUCUCCCUGAAAAGUGCACUCACACAAGGCGCUCGGACGGCGGCUGUUCCGACAAGCUAAGCUACUAUAGGACGUUCGUUGCUAAAGCUCCGAUGUCAUGUCGUUGA